GCGCCGGGUCAGCAGUGUCACUCCGGCGUAGCACUCAUGUACACGAGUCGAGCGUCGCGGCCGGCUGUACGCACCACUAUCGCAGCCGACGAAAAAGUUAUAUUAAAAAAAAUAAGCUGUAAAUUUUAAUCUGUGGGCAAUAUGGCGUGAUUUUAUUGCGCGAAAAUUAUAAUAAUUGUGAAUGACGAUGUGAAAACAUUAUGUGGUAAAAGUUUUAAAUUAGUUUCAAAGUGAUUUUUUAAGAAUAUUUUGAGUUUAUUUUAAUUAACUAUUGAUGUAUUUAGAGCAGUGAAAUAUAAAAUAGAGUUUAGUAAUUAAUUUAUGAUUAUAAUUAUUCAAAUAUCUAUAUUAAAUUUAAGAAUUAUUACAAUGAAAUGGUGGAUGGGAUAACAAAGUGUUAGUGAAUUUGUUUCUUCGAAAAAAAAUCUUAUCGUCUGGUCGAAGCAUCAUCAAAUAAACAUCUGCAUUGUAUAAAGAAGCCUAAAAGGGCAGAGCCCCAUGCUACGAUGCUGGACGACCUGGUGCCCACGCUAGCCACCAACAAGACCACGAUACCAGGCCACGACCACGCCUUCUACGUCACCUUCUUCGAUGAACACAACAACAAAUAUGUCAACCAAAGCCAAAAUGGCACUGAGGCCUACCAGUCAUUCAUCCUGCCAUGGUGGCGACAAGUGCUAUGGACGGUACUGUUCGCCGGCAUGGUGGUGGUGGCCACCGUGGGGAACCUCGUCGUCAUCUGGAUAGUACUCGCCAACAAACGGAUGAGGAGCGUCACCAAUUACUUCUUAGUGAACCUGUCGGUGGCAGACGCUAUGGUAUCAACGCUCAACGUGACCUUCAACUUCACAUAUAUGCUGAACUCUGAUUGGCCAUUCGGACACUUCUAUUGCAAGUUCUGCCAGUUCAUCGCUGUGCUCAGUAUAUCGGCGUCAGUGUUCACUUUGCUGGCUAUCAGCAUGGACCGAUACGUGGCAAUUAUGAGUCCACUACAACCGAGGCUUGGCAAGCGAGCAACUUUAGGCAUCACCGCUGCAAUCUGGGUGUGGAGCUCAAUCCUCAGCGCCCCAAACCUGAUCUAUUUCACUACAGAAAUGGACUUCCUACCUGAUGGAUCAAUAAGGCGGGUGUGUUUCUCCGAAUGGCCCGACGGUAUGACUACGCAGUCGCAGCUUGAAUACUGGUACAACGUAGCGUUCAUGGUGCUCACGUACUUCUUGCCCAUCAUGUCGAUGACGUACACCUACUCCAGGGUGGGCAUCGAGCUGUGGGGCUCCCAGUCCAUCGGGGAAUGUACGCAGAGACAACUGGACAAUGUGAAAAGUAAACGGAGGGUGGUGAAAAUGAUGAUAGUCGUGGUGGUUAUAUUCGCCGUCUGCUGGCUGCCGUUCCACGUGUACUUUCUGGUGACGUCAUACUACCCAGACGUGGUCAACUACCCUCACAUCCAAGAGAUAUACCUGGGCAUCUACUGGCUCGCCAUGAGUAACUCCAUGUACAAUCCCAUCAUUUACUGCUGGAUGAAUUCCAAGUUUAGAAGAGGAUUCAAGCAAUUCUUCUGGUGUUGCGGUGCAUUCGGUGGAGUCGGGCUGGACAGACGCAGGGGCUUCGGGACCGAACGGCUCGACAGAUCGGUGCGAUCCUUAUCUCCUAGCAGGAAGAAUGGUACCAGUUUAUUCAAGACGACAAAAUUCAUCAAAAACCCACCUCCUGGCUCUCCCCACUUGCUCCAUGCAAAUAAAAUACACAAGCACUAUCCGAAUUUCGAUGCAUAGCACUUACAACCAGACGCUGGUGAGCACAGCCUGACAGCGGCGCGGCGCGGGCGGCUCGCACGACGCGUGUGACGCGCACGGCCCGCACACGCCGCACGCCACGGAGCGCACGUGGAUAUGACGAGAGAGCCGCGGCCCGCGCGUGCCUCGCACCCCGCACGACCUCUACGCAUAAACACACGCACGAGGAACCUGAUGCCGCAGCGUUAUAAACGUUUGCUGCUGUAAUAUGUGUUAGACAUUAUAAGUGGUAAACUAGUCAAGUAUUGCUUAGAAACGUGGAGGUUAAGAAGACUUUUUUUACAAAUAAAUAUAAUUAUGUAUAAAACUUCGACAGAAUACCGGUAACUAUAAACAUUAUUUUACGCAACGCGUCCAAUGUGUUCGAUACAUCCUUUAUUCUGAUUGUUUUAACUAAAAUAAUAAUAUUUACAAGAUGUAUUUGUUAAUGUUUCUUGUUCCCCCACUAAGCGAAUUACAAAAAGGAAAGUCUCAAAACUAAACCAAUUUAUAUAAAAGUUUCCAUGGACUAAAACUGUCGUAAAUAUUGUAAAUGUAAUUACACCACUGACUUGAUUUAACCGUAUUUUGUUAUUCGAUUAAUUAUGUCUAAGUCACAAUUAUUUAAUGUUAGUUUAAGUAUUUUAUGAAAACAGUGUUUAAUAAUCGCUCUAGGUUAAUGGUAGGUGUUGGAUGAAAAGGAUGAAAGUACCGUUCACAAUUAAUAUUGAUGAUUCGGAUUACCAACUUUGAGCUUGAUUUAAUGAAGAUGAACAAUGAAAUAAAUUUUCUAUGAAAGGGUUUUGUAAAAACGAUUGAAGGUAAGUUUUCUAUGAAAUGUAUAUUGUAAAUAAAAUAUGAUAUUAUAAGUAGAAGUAGAGUACGAUAAUAAUUAUUAUUUAAUAGAAUGUACAUAUUUUAUAAGUAUCUAAGUAGGUAAGUAAUGAAAUGGUACUUAUUACCGAAUAUGUAAUUGUAACAUACUUCAAAGUAGAAUUAAAUUACACUCUCAUACAUGAUGACAUAGCAACGAACCUCCUCACGCUCCAGCCAUCGCGAGGACCCCUCAAAGAGCCAUCAGACCACUACAGAUGGGGUCCAGUAGGGCUAAUGCCUGAUCUGGAACUGCAGACUACCUAGCAGGUUUACCGGGGCUCCGGCUCGAAAAGCAGGAGUAAGAACGGGGUGGUUUUUAGUCAGUAAGAGUCUGACACUCCCUCUCGCCACGCCCAAGGUGGGAGCAGCCAUUGGAUGACAUUCCCCCUUAAAAAAUACAUGAUGACAUUUUAGCUAAACGACCAAGCAUUUUAUUUAAAAUCUGCUUAAUUAUGAUUAUUUUAAGUUCUCUAAAACAUCAUAAUACUGCAAGAGGACAAUAGUUUGUCACUAUAAUUUUACCGCAGAAUACUUUUAAAGCUAAAAGGUAAACUUAGUACUGCUUUACUUACUUAAAAUUCCUACUUUAAUGCAAAGAACUGCACAAUUUACCUCGUAAAAGUAAACUAAUGUCAAAAGACUCCGUUUCUUCCGACUUUAGUUUUAAAAGCAUCCAAGAAACUUGUGCGACAUGUAAAAAUGCACAACUAUAUAGGACUUCAUUGAAUUGAAUAUUUGAACAUGUUGCUUGUCGAUUUAGAGACAGUUUUGAAUAUCUGAAAUAAAUGUAUGAGCUUAAGAAUAUAACCUAAACCUGUGUAAUUGUU